AGAGUCAAAGCAAUACUGUACAUUCCAGUUUCUCUUGAAAAUGGACUUCAUGGUCCCUAUAACAAUAGCAGCAGGAGCUAUAGCCACAUUUGCUGUUGCUGCUGUUGUAGCAUUGAUAGUAGUAAAAAGCAUAAAUUCUUUUAAGAAGUGGAGAAAUAAUGACAAUACGAGUGCUGAAAAUUUUGGUGAAACCGUCAGUUUCAAGAUGGAAACAAGUGGGAAACAGGAUAAAGAAUCGAUCGAGAAGGAACAGAAAGUAUCCGAAGAAUUAGUAGAAAAGGAACCGAAAACAUCCCAAGAAUCGGGUGAGAAGAAACAGGAAACAUCUGAGGAAGUGGAUGAGAAGGGCCAGGAAUCAUAUGAAGAAUUGGGCAAGAAGGAACAGGAACCCCAUGAAGAACUGAACCAGAAGGAACAGGACAGCCAAACUCCGAGUCGCAAUCCCAGGAGCAACAGCCCGACAGAGGACGCGGUCCCCACCCAGGAGCUUUCGGCACCAGCAUCCCGACGACUCGGCGGCGGGAUGUCUGUGGUUGGCAUUGACCUCGGCUUUCUCAACUGCUACAUCGCUGUAGCGAGGAGCGGCGGCAUUGAGACCAUCGCCAAUGAGUACAGCGACAGGUGUACCCCGGCCUGUAUAUCUUUGGGAUCAAGAACUAGAGCCAUUGGAAAUGCAGCUAAGAGCCAGAUAGUCACAAAUGUAAGAAAUACAAUUCAUGGCUUCAAAAAGCUUCAUGGACGAUCAUUUGAUGAUCCUAUUGUGCAAACUGAAAGGAUCAGGAUUCCCUAUGAGCUGCAGAAAAUGCCUAAUGGAAGUGCAGGAAUUAAGGUGCGGUACCUAGAAGAAGAGAGACCUUUUGCUAUUGAGCAAGUUACUGGAAUGCUGUUGGCUAAGCUUAAAGAGACUUCAGAAAAUGCUUUAAAGAAACCAGUAGCUGACUGUGUGAUAUCAAUUCCUAGCUUUUUCACUGAUGCUGAGAGAAGAUCUGUGAUGGCCGCAGCCCAGGUUGCAGGUUUAAAUUGUUUAAGAUUGAUGAAUGAAACUACUGCAGUUGCACUAGCAUAUGGAAUUUAUAAACAGGAUCUUCCCCCGUUAGAUGAGAAACCAAGAAAUGUAGUAUUUAUUGAUAUGGGACAUUCUGCCUACCAAGUCUCACUUUGUGCUUUUAACAAAGGAAAACUUAAAGUAUUGGCUACUACCUUUGAUCCAUAUUUGGGUGGCAGGAACUUUGAUGAGGCUUUAGUAGACUACUUCUGUGAUGAGUUCAAGACCAAAUAUAAGAUAAAUGUGAAAGAAAAUGCUCGAGCCUUGUUGCGUUUAUAUCAGGAAUGUGAAAAACUAAAGAAGCUAAUGAGUGCAAAUGCGUCAGAUCUUCCACUGAACAUCGAGUGUUUCAUGAAUGAUCUUGAUGUUUCUAGUAAAAUGAACAGGGCUCAAUUUGAACAAUUAUGUGUUUCCCUCUUUGCCAGAGUUGAACCACCAUUAAAAGCAGUACUGGAACAAGCUAACUUACAGCGUGAAGACAUAAGUAGUAUAGAAAUUGUAGGAGGAGCAACUCGAAUUCCUGCAGUAAAGGAACAAAUCACUAAAUUCUUUCUUAAAGACAUAAGUACCACAUUAAAUGCUGAUGAAGCUGUUGCAAGAGGAUGUGCAUUACAGUGUGCGAUUCUCUCACCAGCAUUUAAAGUGCGUGAGUUUUCCAUAACGGACAUUGUUCCCUACUCAAUCACAUUACGAUGGAAGACCUCUUUUGAAGAUGGAACUGGGUCUGGGGAAUGUGAAGUAUUCUGUAAGAACCAUCCUGCUCCAUUCUCAAAGGUCAUUACUUUCCACAAGAAGGAACCAUUUGAGCUAGAAGCAUUUUAUACUAAUUUACAUGAAGUGCCUUAUCCUGAUCCAAGAAUUGGGAGCUUCACUAUUCAGAAUGUUUUUCCACAGUCUGAUGGUGAUAGUGCUAAAGUGAAGGUUAAAGUUCGCAUUAACAUCCAUGGAAUCUUCAGUGUGGCUAGUGCAUCAGUAAUUGAGAAGCAAAAUAUAGAAGGGGAUCACAUCGAUGGUCCUAUGGAGACAGAAACUUCAUUUAAGGAUGAAAGCAAAGAUGAUGUGGAUAAAAUGCAGGUUGACCAAGAAGAAGGUCAUCAAAAAUGUCAUGCUGAGCACACCCCAGAAGAGGAAAUUGAUCAUACAGGAGCCAAAACAAAGUCAGCUCCCUCAGACAAACAAGACCGAUUAAACCAGACCAUUAAAAAAGGAAAAGUCAAGAGUAUUGAUCUACCUAUCCAGAGUAGCCUGUGUAGACAAUUGGGCCAAGAUCUUCUCAAUAGCUACAUUGAAAAUGAGGGGAAAAUGAUAAUGCAAGAUAAAUUGGAGAAAGAGAGAAAUGAUGCUAAGAAUGCUGUUGAAGAAUAUGUAUAUGAUUUUAGAGACAAGCUGGGCACUGUCUAUGAAAAGUUCGUCACUCAAGAAGACUUGAAUAAACUGUCUGCAGUAUUGGAAGAUACAGAAAAUUGGCUUUAUGAAGAAGGAGAGGACCAACCUAAACAAGUUUAUGUGGAUAGGCUUCAAGAACUAAAGAAAUAUGGCCAGCCUAUUCAAAUGAGAUACAUGGAACAUGAAGAGAGACCAAAAGCUUUAACUGACUUGGGAAAAAAGAUACAACUUGUCAUGAAAGUGAUAGAAGCAUACAGAAACAAGGAUGAAAGAUAUGAUCAUUUGGAUCCUGCUGAAAUGGAAAAAAUUGAAAAAUAUAUCAAUGAAGCCAUGAGCUGGCUGAACAGUAAGAUGAAUAUACAGAAUAAACUAAGUCUCACUCAAGAUCCUGUGGUGAAAGUUUCAGAAAUAGUUGCAAAGUCUAAGGAACUGGAUAAUUUCUGUAACCCCAUCAUUUACAAACCCAAACCAAAAGUAGAGGUUGCAGAAGACAAUGCAAAAGCUAAUAAUGAACACAACGGACAGAUGGAUGGACAGAGUGGGACUGAAACUAAACCAGAUACAACAAAAGACAGCUCACAGCAUACUAAAUCUUCUGGAGAGAUGGAAGUGGACUAAGUCUUAAAUUUACCUUCAAAUAAUUCAAACAGUGCAAGUAACCAUGGGAUCCAUUCUUCUUUUACAUCUGAUACAUACAACAGAUGUUCAGUUGUUCUUAACCACUUUUUGUCAUUUGUUAUUUGGAGUAGUUUUGAAAAGUGUUUUAUAUUGAGUACACAUCUAUUAAUUUCCAUUGCUGCUUAUGUGAGCUUUAGCUGCAUAUAGACUUACAAGUCAGUUUAAACUUUCCUAAUGUAUUUUAUAUCACAUGCAAAAUUGAUAUGUAGUUGGCCACAGUCUACCUUAUUUAAAGCUUCUACUUGGAUAAACUUUAGCUUCUUAUUCAGGAAAGUAUACUGUAUUGCACUAUUGUCGCAGACGCAUAGAUAUAACUGAUCAUUAUUUUGAAAAACAAAUAUUGAAAUUGAUGUGGUUUGAAGUCACUAGGGCACUGACUUUUUUCUAGUUAUUGUAUUGUUCUAACUUAAAUAUUAAAACAAAUAAGAGGUU